AUGUUGUAUAUGAUUGCGUUAAUGCUUGGGGACAUUACUGAGUGGGGAUUUAAGGUGGAUUUCUUUGCUAAAGUGGAUUUGUUUGAUUUUCGUGCUGCUCUUCCCUGCCCAUCUGAUGUCUCUCUCCCCCUUUUCCCUAACACCAUCAUAGACACUGUUCUCUGUUCUGUCCCCUACUACGCCUCCCGUGGGCGGACAGCCGUGCACUGGGCCGCUCUCAGAGGCCAGGUGAGCGCCUUGCAACAGUUGUUCGACAAGAGCUGUGAUAUUCACGCUCGUGUUGACGGGAAGUCCAACGCGUUGCACUUUGGAGCGGCGUCUGGUGAGCUGGAGGCUGUUGAGUGGCUGGUUCAGGCUGGAGUGAACAAAAACCAGAAGGAUAAGGAUAACAAGACACCGAGUGAUAUAGCCAAGAAAAAAGGGUUUAAGGAUAUUUCUGCUUUCCUAAAAGAUAAAAACUCGACAAAAUCAAGUGAUGUCAGGCAAGGGGAGAGUAUGAAGAAGAAAAAUCCCGACUUUUCCAGACUAGAAGACCAACUAAACCGGCUGGAAAGUGAAAAGGGUACAUAUGCUGAAGACCUUGAAAGGAAAAACUCAGAAAUCUCCAAAUUUCAAGAACAACUUCGCCGGUUGGAAUAUGAGAAGAGACAUCUGGAAGAUGUAUUACGGGAGAUGGAACUCAAUCCACGUCCUCGCCAGCUGGACGUCAGCCUGAGCGAGACGCAGCAUCAGCUCCAGAUCAUCACACUCCAGAAUAAAGAAUAUAAGAAGAUAUUGGUACGUUAAUAUUUGUGUACAAAAUAGAAUUAAUUAUCGUGAGUACCAUAGGAUUCAGCAGGACGCGCUCAGUACAGAGACUGUCGAGGAAAAAUAUCACUCUUCUAAUAAUAAUGUUAUAUUAUUGCCACUCACACCAUGCCACUCAUCACUCGUUAACUUUACCUCUCCUUCCCUCACAUAGAACAUAGCCUUCCCUCACACUGACCCUAACCUUCCCUCACACUGACCCUCGCUUCCCCUCACACUGACCCUCGCCUUCCCUCACACUGACCCUCGCCUUCCCUCACACUGACCCUCACCUCCCCUCGCCUUCCCUCACACUGACCCUCGCCUUCCCUCACACUG